UCCCUGGAGAUCUCCCCGCAGCAGGACAGGCACCGCUACGCCUGCCGAGUGGAGCACAGCAGCCUGCCGGAGCCCGCGCUCGUCUGGGCCCCUGGGAAGAAGGGCCCCCUGCACCCCGGGGUCCUGGCCGCCAUCGUCCUGGCCGGGCUGGUUCUGACUGGAGCCCUAGGGGUCGGUGUCAUCCUGUGGAGGAGAAAAUCAGCAGGCCCCAUGAAUCCCGGCUACGCUCCAGCAGCCAGUGAGUAAAUCCUGGGUACAGGGCCCAUAUGCCCCAGUGCAUUAUGGGUGUAUAGGGGG